UUCCAGCCCAGCUAAAACCAUUCCUCACCCGCAGGAGAGAGGCCAUGGCAGCCGUGUUCCUGCCCGGGAACCUCCAGGACGAAGCCACUUGCUCCGUGUGCCUGGAGUUCUUCAAGGACCCCGUGUCCAUCGAGUGCGGGCACAACUUCUGCCGGGCGUGCAUCGUCAAGAGCUGGAAGGACCUGGAGAUGGAUUUCCCGUGCCCGCAGUGCCGUGAGGUUUUCCAGCAGCAAAGCUUCCGCCCCAACCGGCAGCUGGCGAACAUGUCCGAGAUCAUCAGCCAGUUCACGCUGCGCGGGGCCAAGGGCGCGCAGGAGGACGGGCUCUGCCCCAAGCAUCGGGAGGCGCUGAAGCUCUACUGCAAGGACGACCGCAGGACCAUCUGCGUGGUGUGCGACAGGUCCCGGGAGCACCGGCCCCACGCCGUGGUGCCCGUGGACGAGGCUUCCGAGGAGUACAAGGAGAAAAUCCAGGAGCGCUUGGAUUUCCUGAGGAAGGAGCGGCAGGAGCUGCUGGAGUUCAAAGUGAACGACGAUAAGAAAACCCAGGAGCUGCUGAAAACCAUUGAGAGCGACCGGCAGAAGCUGCUCUCAGACUUCGAGCGGCUGCGGCAGUUCCUGCAUGACCAGGAGCACAUCCUGCUGGGGCAGCUGGAGAAGAUGGAAAAGAACAUUUCUAAGAGGCAGAACGAGAACAUCACUGACCUCUCCAAGGAGAUCACGCUCCUCAACAAGCUCAUCACCGAGCUGGAGGAGAAAAUCCAGCAGCCCAUGCUUGAGUUCCUCAAGGAUGUGAUGGAUGUCAUAAGCAGGAGCGACGACGUGAAGUGCCACAAGCCCAUCCCCGUCUGCACCGACAUGAAGAUGCACGUCUGCAACUUCUCCAUCAAAACUGUUGUCCUUGAGAAGGUCUUGAAGAAAUUCCGAGAACACCUGCAGGACGAGCUGGGAAGAGGUGAAAAAGAGGACCUGACCCUGGACCCCGACUCAGCCAACCACCUGCUGAUCCUCUCCGCUGACCUCAAAAGUGUCCGGAUGGGCUGCAGGAAGCAGGAGCUGCCCGACAACCCCAAGCGCUUCGACACCAACUCACGGGUCUUGGCCACCACGGGUUUCAAGUCAGGGCGGCACUACUGGGAGGUGGAGGUGGGGCCGUCGGACGGCUGGGCCUUCGGUGUGGCCAAGGAGUCCAUCCGCAGGAAGGGGCUGACGCAGUUCUCCCCCGAGGAGGGGAUCUGGGCCAUGCAGCAGAAUGGGGGCCGCUACUGGGCCGUCACCUCACCCCAGCGCACCCCGCUGUGCCUCAGCCACAAGCUCAGCCGGGUCCGGGUGUACCUGGACUACGAGGGUGAGGAGGUUUCCUUCUAUGACGCUGAGAACAUGCAGCACAUCUUCACCUUCAAUGUGGCCUUCCAGGAGAAGAUCUUCCCCCUCUUUUCAGUCUGUUCCACUGUCACCUACAUCAAACUGUGCCCCUGAGGUGCCUCAGGGAGUGCCAGGGAAGCGCUUUGCCCCUGGAUGAGCUCAAAAGACUCAAAUCAGCCUGGUUUGGUGGGACGUGGGCUGGGGGAUGGGCAACCAGGUGGUCAGGAGAGCAUCACAAAGAGGGUCUUCAGGACAGGUGGAAGCAGAGAGAUGUCCAGCGGUGCCCAGAAAUUGUGGCUGCCAGCUUAAAGGAAGGUUGUGGUCACCAGCUUGAAAGCUGCGGUCAGCAACUCAAAGAUCAUGGCCACCAACUCAAAGGCUGUGGCCACCAACUUAAACCCACCCCUUGGAAGGGGUGACAAGCUCAGCCUCAGAGAAGGAACCCUCCAGAUGUCAUUUGUGGCUCCGGGUCUGACCCCACAUGAGGGCUUAAGGGUCUGUGGGAAGCUUUGGAGUGGCUUUUCCACCCCUUUGGAUGUGCCAGUGGCUGGGAAAUGGAAUAUUUAUAGGGUGAAUGACCGUUGGGAAAGGUGGGAUUGAGCAGGCAUCUUUGGACAUCCAUCCAAGGCAAAGCUCCUCUGUUUGUCCACAGAGAAGAAAUGCAGUCAGAAAUUUCCUUUCUCCAACCUGGAGUAUUAAUUGUCCCCCAAAAGUUGUUUUUGGAAUGUCGUGACGGUUGUCCGAACUGUCUCAGGUGACCACUGUCCACCAGAUCUGACCUGUCCAGUGUGGAAGAGUCUGUGGGGUUUUGGCUGCUCUCCCUGUCUGGUUCUCCACCCAGGGAUCCUCUGGAAGACUAUGGAAAAGUUUAGAAGGUGCUUCUUUUGGAUUUAUUUUAGUGAUGUUUGUCCUGCUGGACCUGAGCAAGACCCACAUUUGUCCCUCUGGUGCUCCUGUGCUAAGGCCUCUCUGUGGACAAGGUGUUCACAAAAUAUCUCUCAUGGUUCUCACACUUUGCUUGGAUUUAGGUGCUGAAUCUUGUGCUCCCUCAGGUUCCCAGCAAAAUCACCCAUUUACCCUCAUUUCUUGGGUUAUUUUGUUUUGUUUUUUUUCCCUGGAAACCCUUUGUCUGCCAAGGAGCCGACGUUGGACUUUUGCUUCAUCCACUCUGGUUUUGCUAAAAAAAAAAAAAAAAAAAAAAAAAAAAGCAAAAAAGCAGCUUUGAAAAAUAAUCUUAUUGCCUGAAGUGCUGGUAAAGUGGGGCUCUGGGACUGGUCAGCUUUGGGACUUUUUCCACAAAACACAUAAAUCCUUUUAGGAAAUUACAGACUUGGGGCAAGGUGGGGGGAAAGUUUAUUUGGUCCAUAACAUUUCCUGGGUGGUUUCAGAUGAGAAAAUGCAGAAAUAUCCUAAAUUUUCAGCUUUUGGGUUGGUUCCUACCCUGAGAUUCAAAUUUAUAUAUUUUAUUUAAUGAGUUAGCUGCUAAAUCCACAUUAUUUAAAGGUGCAGCAACUCUUACAAAGAUGAAGCCACAAGCAAGGGAAUAAAAUGUGUGACUCUUGGGAGCUUCAUCCCCUGCUGAAGCAGCGCUGCUGAAGAAAUGACAGAAACAGAGGAAAAUCCCUGGAAUAAGGAAGAUAUUCACAGGGCCACAACUUUUCUGAUGUCAGAAUUGUGUUUGAUUUGGAACUGCCCGGGUCAUUCUUAGCCCACGUGUGGGAAAUAAAACAUAGAGGUGCUA